AUGGCGGCCGAAACCGACAUUAUCCAGGGGCGCGAGAGCAGUGACAAACCUCUGUUGAAAUCUCACAAAGUUUUACCGCGGCGAUAUGAUCUUGUCAACGCAGAUUCUCCGGUGUUCUUUGAUAAUGCUGAUGAUACUGGUGAUAACAAAAUAAUGGGCCCGUCUACUCUCCUGCGCAAAAUUUCCCAAGACCAAGGCUCUGAAACUUGUCUCGACCCGCAAAACACCAUAACACCUUCAAACGGUGUAAACCCGCUCACCCCGGACAUCACCCCUCCUCGCGUCACCUCUCGCUCUAAGAAACGAGACGGGCAGAGCCAGCGUGUCACCUCCUCAUCUUCAAGAACUACCUCCUUCGCGACAGCCAGAGAGUCACUAUCGUCCGAUGAGGAGGCUGAAAAGACCAAAUCCACUCCUCUGUUACCCUGCAAGCAUAGACUGCCACACCCAUCGCGCAACCCAGCUGUUAGCCAUAAGACUAGUGAUGAGACACACUCGGACAGCACUGCGCAGGAGCCCAAACAGGUCCGCCAGCUGUUCGAUACAAACGAACUACAAGUACGCAAACGUGGCGAAAAAAGAGCCUCAUCUUCCUUAGGCCGCGUCCAGUCCGCUAACCAAGGGUAUUCCCCUUCCCAUACUCGUCAUGGGAGCCUCCGGGAACGAGCCUGGAACGAAAAUGGCACUGGCUCAUCGACCUCAGUUGAAGCCUUCGCCGCUAGCAUCGGCUGGCCAAGUGAAAGCGGCAUGGAAACCAAUGACUCAGGGCACGUACGCUGUAUUUCAACCGCAUCAACCACUACUAUUGAAGCCGUUGUGAUCGAUUCUCCGCCGCAAAAGAAGAGGACUCUUCGGCAUACUGAGAAGAAUGGCUCCCUUCGAUCUAUCAGCACGCCAACACCCAGCCCACAGUCUAUAUCCAAGCCGUUGCAGCCGCAUCCGCAGCUGCAGCCCCAACAACAAGGACAACCGCGUCUAACUCACAAACGAACUCGGAUCACAGACGAAAAUCGUCGGAGUGUUGCAUCUGACUUGUCGGUUACUACGACAGGCACAGCUAUAACUUUUACGAGACCAAAGAAAGUCGAAGAUGUCAUUCGCGUGGUGGUUAUCCCUCAGCGUCGGUCGUCUCUUAAGACUCCCGCACCUCCUAGACCGGUCCUACGCUCCUUGCCUCCAAGCCACCGCAGGCCUUCUACUGCACCAGAUUCCGGCGUAGAAUCAUCUCGCAGUUCACGCAGGCAUAGGCGUACUAUGUCGGAGUCUAUAGCCUCAACCUCUAGUGUUCCUAGUGCCUUCAAGCCAAAAAUUCCUACACGGCGGUCUUCUCUAUCUGCACCUACGAGUAGGAAUACAUCUCGAGCAGGCUCGAUUUCCGGUGAGAGUUCUCGGAUGCUCGUUAGCGCGCCUGGUUCUGCAAAGAAAGAUCGCCUCGACUCCAAGCCUCUACCACAACCCCCUUCAGAGCUUGUUAACCUGCCUCCUAAAAAGCAAGCGCCUGAACCUACCGUCCUUCCUCCAGAUUCGCCUGUGCGUGACCGCGAGGGCUCCACCCGUCAGCCAUCUCCACCUCCUGGAUCUUUGACGCAAUUUCAACACUCUAUCGAGUCCCUGUCCUGUUCCCCUGGGCCUGUUGAAAUAAGCCAGGCAACGGCAGUCCCUUUCUUUGCCCAUAAUAAUAAGUCCCUGCUGGUUGUUGAACACCCGCUUUGUGAAGCUCGCCCCAGGCCACCUGUGAUUUCUCUAGACCAUGUUGAAUCUCCCCUUAGAUACCCCCGCGCUGCACCAAAACCUCCAGGCUCGGAUACGCAAAAUGCCCCAUAUAUCCCGCUAAAGCGUUCGAACACGGUGCCGUCGAGACCCCGACCUCCACUUCCAAUGCAAACAGAUAGCAGCAGCAAUGGUACUGGGGCUGGUAUUGUCCGUCGUCUCAGCUCGGUUCGUCGGAGGUUCAGUUCCUCUCAUCGAGCUUCGACAGCAGAUUCCAUACCUCCUACUGAUGCUGCAAAGGAUAUUCUAGGUACGACACAUCGUGUACGCAACAGGACAGCGGGCAAGAAACUGGAUAACAAGAUGUAUCCGUUCUGGCGUCCGUAUGGGUUUUGGCAAGAUUACGACGAUGAAGGCAACUCCAGUAACAGACGCAGCAGUGUUAUCUCAAGUAAAUUGCUUCCCAAAACUACGACCACAAUCACAGCCGGAAAUGACUCACCUUCCAGUGGAUACGAGAGUGGGCAAUAUGUUAGCAAUACACUUGGAAUUCCCCAGAACCGCACGCCAUUCCAAGGUCCUAUCUCCAUGAUCCGGCGUGUCUCGCAGCGUUCUCGCUCUCGGCUCAAGUCCAGCCGCGUCGUGAAGUCGCCAUCCACCAAAACUAAUUUGUCUUUGGCCUCCUCUGAAUACCGUCGAGGAAAACGUGUCCGUUCUUUCCGUCCUCUGCAUGAAGUACAUGACUGGAUUACCCGUACCCGCCAACGCCGUGAACAAGAGAAACUUGAGGCCCGCCGGGAGAAACUGCGCCGAGCCAUCGGAGGGAACGUCAUUGUCGACUACUCCAGCGUCGCCUCGACGAUGGACCCAGAGAGCGUCUUUGCUUCGUCUCGAAGGGAGAGAGAAGCCAAAUAA